GAAAUUCAGAGCGACUCAUGAGUCUUCUCUCAUGUUUCUUUCACGGCGGAGCGGUUGCUGAGUUCAACUUUGGCUGAGUUACGCGGCCGUCUGGCGAUCAAAGGAAGAUGAUGAAUCUGCUGAUGGACGACUUACUCCAAGACAUCUUCUCCAGAUUACCAGUUAGAUCUAUUAUGCAAUGUCGAUGUGUUUGCCGAUCAUGGCGAGAUUUAAUUUGCGGCUCCUUCUUCACCCGUAAUCAAAUGACUCGAUCAAUUGCUGCAAAAUCAGGUCUGAUGCUCCAUACUACUAUCUACUAUGAAGGAAUCUGCUUCUUCAGUGAGUUUUUCUUUAUGGAUCGGCACCAUGUCCCUGUACCCACCUGUCUUCCGAUGAAUUUUUCUAUCCUCAAUUUCAGAGAGUUUUAUGUAAGAGGAUCCUGUAACGGUCUUCUCUGUUUGGUCAAUCGAGCCGAUAAGUUCAUCAGGUUUGUCUGUAAUCCAUUUCUUCGUCAUUGUGUUAAGAUUCCUGAUAAUCUUGCAUACCCAUCUGGUCGAGUUAAUUCCUUGGUUUGCGAACUUGGUUUUUGCCCUAAAACCCAAUCAUAUAAAAUUCUCGAGAUCUCCAAAUGGACUGUCGUAGUUGGGCGAAGCCAAACGGAAGAUCGAUUGGAGAUCCACGUUUACAGGUUAGGCGAUGAUUUUUGGAAGCGUAUCGAUUGUAAAGUUCAUCCAUGGCAGCCGCAAAGGACUGCAGAAAAUCCUGGUUCAGCAUCUCUCGUUAAUGGCGUUUUUCACUGGGUUAAUCAAUCCUCCGCUGCUUUCGUAACUGUGUUUGACUUGGCAAACGAUGUGUUCGACAAAAUGCCUGGCCCAAAAGCUGGUACAGGUAGAUUCUCAACUGGAGUGUUAGGAAAUUGUCUUUCGAUAAUGAACAAUCAUAUUAAUGUAGAUGUGUGGGUCAUGAAGCAAUAUGGGGUUAUUGAUUCUUGGGCAAAGCUUUUUGUUAUUAAGAUAACAGAACCUAAAUGGUCUGUGGAGCUUGUUCGAGUUCUUGACUAUCAACAAGAAGAUGGUCAAUUGUUGCUUUUCUAUAAUCAUCAAGUUCUUGGAACAUAUGAUCCCCAGAAGAUGACAUUCAAGAGGAUCGAUAUAGUUGGUAAGAAUGCUUGGUACGAUGUUGUUCUUCAUUCUGAUACCCUUGUUUCACCAUUGGACUUUUCCCCAAAAUACAAAUUAGUAUGAUCGCAAACAUUCUCCUUUUUUUCUUCCUUUUUUGAUGAUUGCAAGUUUGAUGGGUUAGUUUGUUAAUGAUACUGGCUUACAUACUCUCUUCUAAAUAUGAGUUACUUUGGUGAACUUUGCUAGCUGGUUAAAUAACUUUGUUCUUCUCUUUGUUUCUUUUGACAAAGAUUCAGUCUUGGUGCUA